UCCAUUCGACCUGGACAUCAGUUCAUUGUUUAAUAACAAAAAGGAUGUUAAAAGAUAGAGAGGGACACUUAUAUUAAACAUCACCGAGAUCCUAGAGACAAAUGCAAAAAAAAGGAUUGGAGCGGAGAGAUCUUGCAUCUUAGUUCUCAAAUUAAAUCUAAGAUUUGAGACGAGAGAGGGAUAAGAAUGGAUGUCAACUUGCUACUGUGCUUCUGUUGUUGCUGCCAUCUCCGUCGCUAUCACGAUCACCGAUGCAGGUUUUGGACUCAAUCCGCAAAUGCAACCCACCCUACCUUCAAAUGUGGGGAGGGUUUUGCAUUUUCAUAUGCAAGAAGGGUCAGAAUUCUAAAAAUUCCCCCAAUAUGAAAAUGAUUAAGAUGCGAUGGCAUGAUGGCCGCAGAAAUAACCCAGUUCAAUUCAAUAUAUAUUGAAGUGGUUAAUUAAUGAAUUAGUAUAUAUUGAGCUAGAAGCGGCUGGGGCUGAUCAUCUCAACACUCGCGCGUGAAGCAACACUAGGAAAAAACAAAUUAAGAAGAGGAAUGUCUAGUCUUCUGCAAGUGUUGGAGGAGAAGCAAACCAUCCCAUUUCAUCCAUUCUCUUUGUUUCUAACGAUCCUUUUCUCCUACUUCUUGUUUCUUUUUGUGUUCAAUGGAUUCAGUAAUUUUACUCGUAGAUCAACUCAAGCCAAGGAAUACAGACUACCACCUUCUCCGUUCAAGCUCCCGAUUGUAGGGAACCUUCACCAACUAUUACUAUCUUCUCCCAAUAUGCACCGUACUCUCCGAUCCCUUUCUCAAUGCCAUGGCCCGCUCAUGCUUCUACAGCUUGGCAACAUACCAACUGUUGUGGUCUCGUCGCCCGACAUCGCUCGAGAAAUCUUGAAGACCCACGACAUCAUCUUCGCCAGCAGACCCAAGGUGAUCGCCGCUGAGCGCCUUCUCUACAAUUAUAAGGAUCUGGCAAGUGCACCUUACGGCGAGUACUGGCGUCAGGUUCGUAAGAUCUGUAUUCUCCAACUUCUUAGUGUGAAAAAGGUGCAAUCAUUUCGAAGAGUGAGAGAGGAAGAGACAGCACUCUUGAUCGAGAACAUCCGUCGUUCCUGUUUUUCUUCACCUUCUUUGUCGGCUCCGGUGAACCUAAGCGAAUCGUUGGUUUCUCUCACCAACGAUAUAAUCUGUAGGGUUGCCUUCGGGAGGAAAUAUAGUGGAGGGGAGGGUGGCAGGAGGUUUAGGCGGUUGAUGAGCGAGUUCGGGGCACUGUUGGGGAUGUUCAAUGUCGGAGACUACAUUCCAUCGUUUGCUUGGGUGAAUUAUUUUAAUGGAUUGAACACGAGACUGGAGAAGACGUUCAGAGAACUGGAUUGCUUUCUCGAUCAAGUAGUCAAAGACCACGUUGAUCGUAAGAAGAAGAAAGAAAAUGGUGAUGGUGUCGAUGAAGAUGACUUGGUUGACACUUUGCUUGAGAUUGCAGAGGACGGUACGAUUGGCAUUCCUCUCGAGACAGAAAACAUCAAAGCUAUCAUAUUGGACAUGUUCGCUGCAGGAACAGACACCACAUAUACAGUCAUGGAAUGGGUAAUGGCAGAGCUUUUAAAACACCCAGAAGCCAUGAAGGAAUUGCAGGAGGAAGUGAGAAGUGUGAGUGGUAGUGGAGGCAAACCCAUCGUAACGCAGGAUGAAACAGAGCGAAUGGGAUACUUGAAAUUGGUAAUAAAGGAGACUCUACGCUUGCAUCCACCACUUGCUUUGUUGGUGCAACGAGAAGCAAGCGAAGACGUGAAAAUACAAGGGUAUGAUAUUCCAGCGAAAACAAGAGUAAUUAUCAAUGCAUGGGCGAUAGGAAGGGAUGGUGGGUCAUGGGAAGAAGCGGAGGAAUUUAAACCAAAGAGGUUCUUGAUGAGCAGAAACGACCUGGUUGAUUUUAAUGGACGUGAAGUGAGGUAUAUCCCAUUUGGAGCGGGUAGGAGGGGUUGCCCAGGAACUCAAUUUGGGAUGGCUGUCAAUGAACUGGUGCUGGCAAAUCUUGUGAACAGCUUUGAUUGGAAGUUACCUGGAGGAGCAAGUGCACGGGAUUUAGAUAUGACUGAAGGUUCUGGGGGAACAAUUCAUAAGAAACUUCCACUCCUUGCUGUUGCAACUCCUCACUAAUUUUAGUUGUAAUUAAUCUAAUUUAAAUUGUCUGGCGGUGAGAGAGGAGAGAGAAGGCUAGGCCUUUGCUAUAUAUAAUAAUUCAUUCUGCAGAUAUAGUGACAAACUUUGUUUUCUAUCAGGUCUGCUUAUUUUCUAGCCAAGGAUAUGGUUUUGAAGACCAACUUUGAUAAUAUUGAGGGUUCUACAAUUUGUAGGAAUGAAAGGAAAACUUCUAGAUAAAGAGUUUUGGAAAUUAAAGAUUGACCUAAAAAUAAAAAAAAUUUCUCAGGAAGUGUUGCUGGAAUGCAAUGGUCGUAAAAUAUAAUCUGGCCAAGAGGAAGAUCGAUCUCACCCUCGAUCGGCUAGAUGUCCUAUUUGUAAAUGAGAAGAUGAAUCCAUUAUGCAUGCAUUAUUCUCUUGCGAUCAUGCAAAUGUAGUCUAGUUUGGUAGCACAAGAUGAUCUAUUAUGCUUGUUUGGGCUUCUUAUUUGGGUAAUUUGGAAGGUCAGGAAUAUGUUUGUGUUUGAAAAUUUAGUCCCUGAUCUAUAUUUGACUUUGUAUUUGGCCAAUGUAUGAUGCUGAAGGAGAGGAAGAUGACUUCGUUGCAAGAAUAACAUCAUUCUUCCCGUGCCCCUGAUGUUUCAAGCUCGAAGGUCUCCCCUUUUUGGCAAGUUCCGUUGCCAGGUUGUUUAAAAGUGAAUAUAGAUGCUAGUUUUUAGAGUUCUGAAAA